CUAAAAUAGAGAAAGAUAUCAAAACAGGCCUCUGAGUAAUGAAUACUAUAAAGGCCACUAAUGGGGACUUCGAUGUGAUGAGAGCAGCACUAAGAGGGGAAUGGAAUGACAUCAUAAACUUUUAUAACUUGCAGCAAGUGGAACCAUCAUUUAACAAUAUCGAUCUCGAAAAUGAUAAGAACAAGGUUUUAGUCUGUAAUGUUACAGGGGAUACCAUUCUUCACAUGUGUGUUCAAUACCGGCGAACUGAUGUUAUGAAACAGCUGUUGAGAAUAAUGCCAGAGGCGAGGGAGUUGCUAUCAAGGAUUAAUAGGAUGGGGAAUACAAUAUUACAUGAGGCAGCCAGGACUGGGAUCGUGGAGAUGGCUACGUUAAUCUUAGAGAAAGAAUUAGAUGGUGGAGGAGAUCAAGUGCUGAUAUCGGUUCCCAACUUAAAUGGUGAGACACCUAUAUACUGGGCAGCAAUGUAUGGACAUAAACAUAUGUUGUUAUUCCUAAAUAUAACUGCUAGUAACAGAGGAAUCACAAGCACAUCCACAACAACAUCAAUGGUUGGCCCGUUAACAAUGAGGAGUACUGAUGGCUCAACGAUUCUUCAUGCUGCUGUUCUUGCCAAAGCUUACGAUGUGGCAAUGGAGAUCAUGGAGAUCUAUCCUAACCUUGCUUCUAGUAAAAAUGGUGAUGGCGCCACGCCUUCACAUUUAUUAGCGCUAUCACCUACUUCUUUCAAGAGUGGAACCAUGUAUGGUGAACAAUACCUUGGGGCCACACCAAUUGUUUUGGCCAAAAAGGCUGCAGCUAUUGUUUAUUCAUUAAUCCCAAUCAAGAAUUAUGAGACAGAUAAUGAAGAUAAUCAUAUAACACUACAACCAGAUUCCUCAUUGAAGGAGAAAUUCAAGAAUCACUUCAGAUUGCUAUGUAAAGGUUUUCCGGUCCUCAAACUCAUAUACAAUGCAAAAGAGCAGCAUACUUACGCAAUACAACUCCUUAAGAAGUUACUUGAAAAAGAUUAUGGUCAAUGGACGAUGAGCUAUGACCCUCCCCAUGGAUGGGAUGGCUCCCAUAAUAAAAACCAUGAAAACCGACAUCCGUUGUCAGCAAUAACAACAAGGGUUAUAACUUACAAAGUUAGAGAGAGGCCAAUUAUUUUGGCAACCAAGUUGGGCAUUGUAGAGAUGUUUAAGGAAAUAAUUAAAGCAUAUCCAGAAUCAAUUGGAGUUUGUGAUGAAGAAGCUGGAAGGAAUUUGUUGCACUUAGCGGCAGAAUACAGGCAUGAGUCCAUAGUAGAAUUCUUGAAGUCAUCAUCAACUAAAUCAAAGAGGAACUUGGACAUGUUGGUCGUUGGAAUUGAUAGAGAAGGUAACACGCCACUGCAUGCUGCUGCUAAGCUUGGAAAACAUAAACCAUGGCAUAUUCGCGGAGCAGCACAAUGGAUGCAGUGGGAGUGUGUUUGGUUUCAGCGGGUAAAACGUAUGCUUCCACCAGCUAUGCUAACAGUGAAGAAUUGCAAUGAGCAAUAUGCUCACCAAGUAUUCACUGAGACUCAUAUAGAUCUUAGAGAACAAGGUGAGAUAUGGUUAAAAGAAGGAUCGGAUAAUUGUAUGUUGAUAUCAGCUCUAAUAGCAACUGUGAUGUUUGCAUGCGCCUUCACUGUACCUGGGGGAAAUGACUCAACGUCAGGACGUCCACUCUUACUCAAGAACCAAGAUUUUGGUCCAUUUUUUCAUUACGUAUCUUAUUCCUUGUUCUUUUCUCUAAUAUCUUUGGGUUUAUUUCUCUCCAUCCAUGCUGCUCCUUUCAACGAACAUGAUUUCUUUUUCCGAUUGCCUUUAAGGUCCGUGUUUGCUAUAACUGCUUUAUUCAAUUCAGUUACUUUCAUUGCUUGUGCGUACUUCCAAACGUACAUGCUUGUCACUGCAUGGACAUUCCCUAUAGGCUUCCGUAUCUUAGACAUUGGAUUAGCUUCACUGGGGGUUCUCUUCUUUGCUGAAUUAUACGUUGACUCCGUCGUGGGAUUUAUCCGCUACUUGCUCGACAUUCUUUUCAUUUAACAACCAACAAUUAACACUGAUCAAGAGAGAAUCACCUUCAAAUGUCAUCAGGCUACAUUAGUUGGGGGAAUACAGUUGGGUUUUCAUUAAGAGAAUAAAGUUCCAUGAGUUUCUCUAGCGUGUGAAAAAUUAGUCAAAUAAGAUUAUUUUCCCAUUUGUUUAGAGUUUUUUUUUCCUUCUUUUUCUGAUCGAUAUUUGUUUUGUUAUGUUGUUUGCUUGUCAUUCAAAUUAUGAUGCCUCUACCUUAUUUAGGCUGAGGGUGUAAG